AUGUCGAAGAAUGUUGCGCAAAAGAAUGGCAGGCAUGGCAGCGAGGCCCGGCAGAAAGACUCACCAAAAGAUGGCCACGGUUCGCAUGUCGAGCGCCUGGCCGACUUCACGCUCUGCUUUGUGCCAUUCGCAGAAUCCCCUCAUGUUCCUGUCGAGCUACGCAAGCGCGGACCCAAGUUCCUCCAUGCCAGGAAGCUUAUGGGCCAGUCUACACACGCCUUCCGCUACACCAAGCUUCUAGAACAACAAGAUAGCCGCCUUGGCGAGUACCAGGAUGGGCCGCAUGGCCACGUUUCCGGGAUCCAGAAUCAUACAUACCCAUCUCGAUACUCGGCACAAUCAUCCAUCAGCCCCGGAUGCGCGGUCCUGGGCUAG